UGUUUGUUGUGUUAUUCUGACUGGACUGCCUGUCCGUUGAGCAGUAAGUUUUUUUACUGGCCGACCAGAAAAGGAAGUUUUUUUAAGUGUUUUUUUCAGAAGAGCAAGAUACCUGAACAUGGAUUCUCGAUUUGCUCACCUGCGCCAGCGGGACACCAGUGUGUCGAUGCUUAGGGUGAAAAUGUCGCGCAGGAGGUCUCAGUCCCAGAAGGAGAACAGACAACGCACCAUGAACACACGCAGACAGCUGGAUAAACUCCCAGAGCUGGAGAUGUCUUCCCUGGACGCCUCCACCACAAUGACCAGCAUGUCAAUUAUUCAGGAGAAGACAGUGAACAAGGCAACGUCUGCUAAAAAUAUGGCUGUAGAAGAGAGGCUGAAACAGCUCCAGCGUUGGAAAGAGCGCAAGACUCUCGAGAAGGAGAAGGAAAUGAGGGAAAAGGAGCGUAAAGGGGUUUUUAAGACGGGUCUGUUUCAUCCAAAGGACAGUCUUACCAUCGCCCCUCUGCCCACUGUCCCAGCUGCCUCAACCAGAGCUAAGGAGGCAAAAUUGAACACGACGGCAUCCCAGAGCAUCAGAGUCACUCGAUCAAUGAAACAGCAGCAGCAAGUCCAAAACCCUCUAAAGAUGCAAAACACACACACUGCAACAAAGAAAGUUCAACCUGCUGUGGAAAGAUCAACCAGGAGCCGGGUCGCUCCUGUCAAGCCUGCACUUGCACCGGCGCCGGCUGCUACCAAGAUCAAAGUUUGUGCAGUGGAGCCGGUCGUACGAGCUACGUCGACCAGAUCAGCCAACAGGCCUCCUGUUACAGCCGCUCCUGUAGUGAAAGACAAACCUAAGGGCAAGCCUGCAGAUGUAAGAACCACAAGGAGCAGAGCGUUUGUCAACCAUGUGGCCCCCCCUUCUGACCAAGAAAAGAACUUUAAAGAAGCUGAAAACACUGUGGAGCCUGCUGUGCCCGAGGUGAGCCUUUCUGUGCCUGAAAAACAGGAGCCAGAGGAAGACAUGGUGGUCGACCAAGCUCCAGCCGACUCCAUCCCUGCCGAGGAUCCCGUCGACGCGCCACCCUCCUUGUCUUCUUUUGCUCCGACGGAUUUUAUUUUUAAGGCUCCUACCAGCUGGUCUAACUUCAAGUUCGAGCCUCUCACUCCUCGCUCUGCAGACGCUUUCCUCACACCGAGCCCAAGCUUCCUUAUUCCAGAGGUUCCCACCUUCAACAUCGAGCCUCUGGCUGAGCUAAGCGGACCCUCUCCCCCCAAAUCCCCUCGACUCUCUCCUCCUCAAACCUCCCUAACAACGGCCCCUCCGUCUCCAGGCAACCCCCUGGAAACACAGCAUGACGUCCCAUACUUCAGAUCUGAAAUAUCCAAAGAGACACACGCACUGACAGCUCUCUGUGUCGUCUGGGAGCCGAAAGUGGAAGACGAGUCCAUCCCAGAAGAGAUGAGGGACAGUAUGCGGACAGUCGUAGGCCAGGCCAGGCUGCUGAUGAAGGAGCGUUUCAAACAGUUCGGUGGUCUGGUGGACGACUGCGACCUGGGCCGAGGCGAGAAGAUCACCACCUGCACCGACCUGCAGGGAUUCUGGGACAUGGUGUACUACCAGGUAGAGGAUGUGUACAAAAAGUUUGACGCUCUCAAAGCAGCAGAGAGCCGAGGCUGGGUGGAGGAGCACAAGCCAUUACCGCAACAGAGGAAAGCAGUGAAGAAACCCUCAGCUGCACCUGCCAAACCCGGCGGCACCAAAGCAGCAGGAGCAAAGUCUCGCCUGGCUGCUGUGAAAGCGGCCAUGAAAGCCAAACAGCAGGCAGCCGAGGCCGCGAAAGCAGCAAAGGAUGCUGGGAACGAUGAGGAAAGCCCAACCUUAAACUCUCAGGAACCACAGCCUGAAGCAGAGCCCAAACCCGCCGACCAGGUGGUGUUCGACGGAGGUUUCUUCCAGGUGGAGAGCCCGGCCCGACCGCCAGGAGGUUCAGUGAGGAGAUCCAGCCGCCCGAGCAUCGCCUUGCAGCCUCAGGCCUCCCCCUCCUCCAACUACCUCACCCCCAGAAGAGUCCCUCGGCAGUCCCUCGCUCUGGCACAGACCCCCGUCCCCUCCGCCGCCUCUCCCGCUCAUACUCUCCAAACUCCCGCCCUCCUCCGUCUUACCCUCAGAGAAACCCCGGCACAAACACCCAGGUCUCAGCGCGGCACUCCUCUGGCAUCGUGGAGCCAAAACAAAGACGUCUCCCUCUGUUUCUCCCCCGUCCAGGACGUGCGUUCAGACGACACUCGGCCUGAAGAAAGCCCUGCACCCCCAACAGUCUCCAUGCAGGAAAACACAGCUGUUCCUGAAGUGAGCCCCCCCACACCUGUAUGCUCAGUUCCGUCCAUUUCUGUAGUGGAGGAGCGGGAGGAACCGGCUGAGGCCGUAGACGUGGACCUCCCUUCUCCAGAGUCUGUGUGCCAGACACCUGACGCCUCAGUUUUGGAGGAAAUUCCCGAGUUGGACUUUGAGCGUUACCUCCAGCCCUCGUUGAGAUGCAGCCUGUCGCCGCAGGCUUCAGUUGCCAUAGAGACAGUGUCCCCCAUGGCAGUGGAUGCAGAGAUGGAGAGUCCCGGAGGUCCAUCAGAGGACCUGCUUUCUCACGGGGAACCAGCACGUCCAGCGGUGCCUUUACUGUUAUGUCUUCAGUCACCACAGACGCAGGCGGCCGAGUGUGACAUGCUCCUCUUCACCCCGGACAUGAAGGACCGGAUACGUCAGUCGGUCUGUCCGAGUGACCUCAUGGUCUUCACCCCUCCCCUCUAAUGUGUAUUUUACUUACAUUUAUAUUUUUAUCUUUUUACAUAUAUUGACUUCUACUCUUUGGAGAAAAAAUCUGUGAUUCUUUUUUGUUUUUUAGAUUCCUGGAAAUUAAUAGUCUUUAAUGAAUAAAGCUCUCGUUACAACCAGGAAGUGGCUCAAUGAUUGUUUUACUCGCUGUGUUUGGGAUAUUUUAUAUCUAUUGGCCGCGAUCAUCAGCUUCCUCUUCCUCUACCUGUAACACAAUACACAGCAAAACAUGAGCAUUAGCAUAUCUAUAGCAAAGCAAAAAUGUGAGUAAAGCCGCAGCAGAAUCACUUAA